AUGCUGGACAAUGUAAAGGAUUCAGAUGUUUUGCAGCAGGUUCAGCAUUCAGUUUGUACUGAUAUCUGCCCAACAGGAUACAGAAAAGCAAACCGGAAGGGACAGCCUGUUUGCUGCUUUGACUGCAUUAGAUGUUCAAAAGGAGCAAUUUCUAACCAAACAGAUUCUGCUGACUGCAUCAAAUGCUCUGAUGAUCAUUGGUCAAAUGAAAGUCGUGAUAAAUGUAUUCCAAAAACAAUUGAAUUUUUGUCUUACACUGAACCAUUGGGGAUAACUCUUGCUUCAAGUGCUGCGUUUUGUUCUCUGAUCACUGCGUCUGUUCUGUUCAUAUUCUUCAAGUACCGAAAUACUCCAAUUAUUAAAGCUAACAAUCGGGAGAUCAGCUUUUUUCUUCUACUGGCCCUUGUGCUUUGCUUCCUUUGUCCUCUAAUAUUUAUUGGACGUCCAGCAAAAUAUUCUUGCAUGCUACGCCAAGUGGCAUUUAGUGUAAUAUUUACAAUUUCCAUAUCUUCCAUAUUGGCUAAGACCAUCAUGGUUGUAAUAGCUUUCAAAGCAAUGACGCCUGACAGUAAGCUAAAAGUAUGGGUUGGUCCUACAGUUCCCAAAGUUACUGUCACAUUUUGUUCUUUGAUUCAGCUGGUAAUAUGCUUUGUCUGGCUUGGGACAUCACCACCAUUUCCAGAAGAGAACAUGAUUUCACAAGAAGGAGCAAUAACAGUGGAGUGCAAUGAAGGCUCCUCAUCUACAUUUUAUUCUGUGCUUGGUUAUAUGGGAAUACUGACAUGUGCCAGUUUUAUAGUUGCUUUUAUAGCAAGGAAAUUGCCAGAUACUUUUAAUGAAGCAAAGUUUAUCACUUUCAGCAUGCUUGUAUUUGCAUCUGUCUGGCUAACUUUCAUCCCAGCUUAUCUCAGUGUAAAGGGAAAGUACAUGGUUGCUGUAGAGAUAUUUGCCAUUUUGCUUUCUAGUGCUGGUUUACUGUGUUGUAUAUUUUUUCCAAAAUGUUUUAUUAUACUUUUUAAACCUUCUGUGAAUACUAGGGAGCAUAUCCUGUCCAGACAAACUUAGGGUACAAAAGAAGGCAUGUAAAUAGCUUUGUUAAAAGUUUUUCUGCUAUAUAUAUUGUUGAAUUAGUAAUAACAUUGAUACUGUCAUUUAAAACCCUAAAAUCAGCAGUAAUGCAUAGGUUUAUGGCAGAAUACUAGGCUAACUGCCCUGAAGAGUCAUUUUAAGCCUAGCAAAUAAUCCAUGGUCAGAACCAAACCCUGUACUUUGUAUCUAUGAGGUGAAGACAUUAAUAUGUCAAUGUCACCCCCCCCAUAGACAUAUUAGUACAGUUAAAGCUAAAAGUAGUCACUUUUCAGGAAAUUAUCUCUACUUACAUGUCAAAAAUAUAAUGUCUUUAUCUAAUUAUGUCUUCACUCAGUGGGAAAAUUCUGUAAUUUGAAUCCAUUUGUAUAAUCCAAUAAAAGUCAAGAAAUUGCACAGAUAUCCUUAAGAAAGUAUUUAAAGAAUCACAGGAUCAGAGGAGGUUACUAAGGUGAUGGCCCUGGGGCCCUUACAAGCCUAGUUGAGAUCCAACCCUUUUCCCUCUAUUAUCAAUGCUAUAAGCGGACAUAGAUUAACAUCUACUGCCAUGUCCAGGAGGGAUGCAGGUGAGACCCCUGGAGUGAAUUUAUGGUUUCCCAUCCAAUCAUCCAAAUUAUGCUUAAUAGGGGUCACCAAUGGGCUCUGCUUCACUUGAAUUGGCAGUUUGUUCCAGAGUAGGGGGUGACCUUUGGGAGAUGAAUCUGUCUUUCCAGCAAGUCUUGUUAAUGUUGCAUCCUGUGUUAAGAUCACUAGAGAGAAUGCAAGGGAUGCCUUUAGACUUGCAAAUGUGCAGCAUUUCCAUUAAAGAUGGAUGUGAGGUUGCCUUUUAUGCAAGGCAAAGAUCUCCCCUGAGAAGCCUGUAUGAGACGGAGUAUAGACACAGGGAUAAUCAGCCUAAAGCAUGUGCUGAAUACCCUGAAUUUUCCUUGUAAGGCAUUUCUGAGGUGUCUCCAGUUGUUGUAGGUGGCCUGAUGAUGGAAGAGUUUAGGGGAGUUGUGAUCUCCUUUUUCCUGGAGGCAAUGCCUUUACUUAUACGAUGGGCAAUAUAGAAAGCUCUCCUUACCACUGUAGAAACAUGGUGAUCAAAGAAGAGAUUGCUGUCAACCUGAGAGCCCAGAUCUCUCACCACAAUGAGAACUUCAGGUGUUAUUAUUAAUGUGGUAAUCCAUAGGGACAUCACCCUUGCCAAA